UGCUUUUUCUUUACAGGUAUGAUUCAUCACCAGUAAAGACAUGGAUGAAACAUUGGAUUUUUGACGUUUCAUGCAACCCAAGCUCUUCAGAGCUUUGAGAUUACUUCUAAUUUCUAUGGACUACAAAGUCAUUUUUCCUAUUUAAAAAUGUGAGCUGGCAUUUCAACAUCCAAGUUCUUCCUGGCAUGGCUUAAAACCAUUGGUCUCACAAAUCUACUAGUAAUACAGAGGCCUCAAGGCCAGAGAACGGGAUCAGAUAUGACUGAUGAGCUGAAUGGGGCCUUGGCUGAACCGGAGACGACGAAACCGGAAGAGACUCCUCCGACUGAAGCAGAUGUUUUUACUGACAAUGUGGUCAAUGCAUUGGGGAACAAUGUUCCUGGAAAGGUGAUGUCUGAAUCGCCACCUGAUUGGUUGAAGCCAAUGGAAGAGGAUGAAGAUGAUGGUGGUGACGGUGUCAAGAGCAGUGAACGGAUCAUCAUGAAGACCAAUGAUGACGUUCCAAAAGUAAAACGACGCAGAGGUCGGCCCCGGAAAGGAUUGCAAGCAAAUCGCCCUAAAACUGAGCAGAUUAUUCCUCCUUUACUGGGAAGAACGCGUUCUAGUAAUGCAUCAGGAACUGCCAUUCCCAUCCCAGAUCCAGCCCACACACCUGAGGCUUUACCCAGAAAACCCCAUCUCAUCAAUCACAACUCGACAUCAACAUCUGAAAGACCCCGACUCAUCCCCAUCUCACCUGCAGGGGGCAGCAGCCUCUCCACAACCCCAAACACUGAAUUUCACAGCCCUCCGCGCCCCACGAGGGUCUCGCCGCUCAGUAUCGACACAUCGGUGACACGGAAUUUUGUUCACACUCCAGCUGUAAAAGUGGGUAAUGUUUCCAGACAGAGUAUUUCCUCUACUGAACCUGGGAAAGAUGGCACUGAACUUCCCCUUCAGCUCUGGCUUUGUCCUCCUCUGGAGCCCAUUAGCCCUACAAAAACUCAGGAUAUGUUCUCAGAUCAGAUUGUAAGUUCACCAAAUUUUCCGGAGACUACGCUUAAUGGAUCAGUGACCCUAAAGGAAAGUCUUCCUCUGCUCAGUGAAUGUGGAAGCUGUGGCGGCGCUUUUCCUGCUCAGAAGAGCGAAGACGUAAUGUGCUACGGAUGUAGGCCUAAAUCAGACAAGAAGCAGUCUCCUCCAAAUAUUGUGUUUAGGAAGGUGGGGCAGGAUCAGUGGGAGGUUGGGAAAAAAAAACAUCCAAGAAAACAAAUUCUGAAACAACAUCCUGAAUACAAGAAAACUGUCAAAAUGGAUUUUGUCCCUGAUGGUGGUGAUGAUGAUGAUGACGAUGAUGAUGAUGAUGACUGGGUGAGUGAAUUGGGAGCACAUGCAUCUUUUUUGGUGUUUUUAAUGAUUGUGGCAUGGGAUGUUUUUUUACCCUAUAAAGCCUUCUGCAUCAUAUUUGAGACCUCUAAAUUAUCACCAUGAUCAAAAAGUGCUGAAAAACCUGUAAAAACUGUCAAAA